GGCAAACUGAGCCUCAGGGGCGUCUCUGCGCUCGCGUGCUCGGCGAACCCAGGAGGGUAGGCGCGUGCGCAGAGCGCGUCCCGAGUCUGUUCUGGCCCCGGUGGCGCCUGCGCGCGCUCCCGCCGAGCCAAAGUCCGAGGUGGGCUCCGGCGCGCGGCCGGCGCGGCGGCGCGCGCCAGGGGGCGGUCCUGCGCGGUCGGCACCGCCCUCCCUCCGCGCGCUCCUCUCCUCCCAGUCUCCCUCGCGCUUCCUGCACUACGGUAGUCGCCGCCGCGUCCGCGUCCCCGAUCCCUUCCCUGUCUCGCUUGUGCUGGCUGUGCCAUGGCGGCCUUCAGCAAGUACCUGACCGUGCGAAACUCGUCGCUGGCGGGGGCCACGUUCCUGCUGCUUUGCCUGCUCCACAAGCGGCGCCGCGCCCUCGGCCUGCACGGUAAGAAAAAUGGAAAACCACCAUUACAGAACAAUGAGAAAGAGGGGAAAAAAGAGCGAGCUAUGGUGGACAGGGUGUUUUUUUCAAGACUCAUUCGAAUUCUGAAAAUCAUGGUACCUAAAACAUUUUGUAAAGAGACAGGUUACUUGAUACUUAUUGCUGUUAUGCUGGUGUCUCGAACAUACUGUGAUGUUUGGAUGAUCCAAAAUGGGACACUCAUUGAAAGCGGAAUAAUAAGCAGAAAUAAAGCUUUAUUCAAGAAACCAUUUUUUAAAUUUAUAGCUGCUACUCCAAUGAUUUCUCUGGUUAAUAACUUCUUGAAGUUUGGGUUAAAUGAGCUCAAACUGUGCUUCCGAGUAAGAUUAACCAAGUACCUCUAUGAGGAGUAUCUCCAAGCUUUCACAUAUUAUAAAAUGGGAAAUCUGGACAACAGAAUAGCCAAUCCAGACCAGCUACUUACACAAGACGUAGAAAAGUUUUGUAACAGUGUAGUUGAUCUGUAUUCCAAUCUUAGUAAGCCAUUUUUAGACAUAGUUUUGUAUAUCUUCAGGUUAACCAGUGCAAUAGGAGCUCAGGGCCCAGCAAGCAUGAUGGCCUACUUGCUUGUUUCUGGGCUAUUCCUAACUCGAAUUAGAAGACCCAUUGGUAAGAUGACAAUAACUGAGCAAAAACUUGAAGGAGAGUAUAGAUACGUUAAUUCUCGGCUCAUCACAAACAGUGAAGAAGUUGCCUUUUACAAUGGAAAUAAAAGAGAAAAGCAGACAAUCCACUCAGUCUUCCAAAAACUGGUGGAGCACCUACAUAAUUUCAUUUUGUUUCGGUUUUCUAUGGGCUUCAUUGACAGCAUAAUUGCCAAAUAUCUUGCCACUGUGGUUGGUUACCUAGUCGUCAGUCGUCCUUUCUUAGAUUUGUCUCAUCCUCGACAUCUUAAGAGCUCACAUUCGGAACUUCUGGAGGAUUACUACCAAAGUGGAAGAAUGCUUUUGCGAAUGUCUCAAGCUCUGGGUCGGAUAGUUUUGGCUGGCCGUGAAAUGACUCGAUUGGCUGGCUUUACUGCUCGGAUUACAGAAUUAAUGCAAGUACUAAAGGAUUUAAAUCAGGGCAAAUAUGAACGCACUAUGGUCUCACAACAGGAAAAGGGAGCACAAGACAUUCCCUUGAUACCUGGAAUUGGAGAAAUCAUCAAUACAGAUAACAUUAUAAAAUUUGAUCAUGUUCCUUUAGCAACGCCAAAUGGAGAUAUCUUGAUUCGAGACCUUAAUUUUGAAGUUCGAUCUGGGGCCAAUGUUCUAAUCUGUGGUCCAAAUGGCUGUGGAAAGAGUUCACUUUUCCGUGUUCUUGGUGAAUUAUGGCCUCUUUUUGGAGGACGUCUAACUAAACCUGAGAGAGGAAAGUUAUUUUAUGUUCCUCAGAGACCUUAUAUGACCCUUGGAACACUUCGAGACCAAGUGAUAUAUCCAGAUGGAAAGGAAGAUCAGAAAAAGAAGGGGAUUUCUGACCUCGUACUGAAGGAAUACUUAGAUAAUGUCCAGCUGAGUCAUAUCCUUGAACGUGAAGGUGGCUGGGACAGUGUUCAGGACUGGAUGGACGUGCUGAGUGGUGGAGAGAAGCAGAGAAUGGCGAUGGCAAGAUUAUUUUAUCAUAAGCCCCAGUUUGCUAUUUUGGAUGAAUGUACAAGUGCAGUUAGUGUGGAUGUGGAAGACUACAUUUACAGUCAUUGUCGAAAGGUUGGCAUUACCCUCUUCACUGUGUCACAUAGAAAAUCUCUUUGGAAACACCAUGAGUACUACCUGCAUAUGGAUGGCAGAGGCAAUUAUGAAUUCAAACAGAUAACAGAAGAUACAGUUGAAUUUGGCUCCUAGAAUCUGGAGAACUGUAUUGUACCAGCUUCAAUGAAAUAAUUACAGAAUACAAUUAGAAAUACAAAGUACAUUGUAAAAUAAAGUUGAGCUUGUUUUUUAAGACAAAGCAACAAAUUAGGUACAAAAUAAUCGAGAACAAGUUAUUGAAACAUUUAAUAUUAUAUAGGAUAUUGCUAAUUGUGUAUAUGUUGGUUUAAUUAUUAAUAUGUACUAAGAAUGUCCUUAUUCUUGUGGUUAAAAACCUGCCUAAAUUAAAUUGGGCUUAAAUCAGUAUAACCUGAUUCAUCCUGGGAUGUAAACCAUUUGAAGUCAGCUACUUUGACUUUUAUGGCUCUCUUUUCCUUCAAUGAAGAACCCUAUUUAAAACUGGGGUCAUCACUUGUCCUGUUCUAACCAGAGUCUUGAGUUUCAUUUUCUUGUGUCCCAUGAUAGCGGGAAACAAAUCACAGUGUUCUAUCAAAAUGUGCAUCUUGGCAUGAUUGCGUUUAUGACGCUGUGGCAGAUUCCAUUGGCUGCCGCAGUUAUCCUCAUUUCUGGCAUAUGUCAUGGGGUACACUGGACUCCAGGAAAGCCAUUUGAAUUUUCUUUGCCUAAGUAAUAAAUAUGCCCCUCACAAUCUUCAGUAUUGAGUUGUUUUGGGGGUUCUUUGUGAUGAUGCAAUGAAAGUACAUGUGCAGUCUUGCUUUACAGGGGAGGGUUACUGUGUUUCCACCUAGUCUGCUCAGUGAUUGGGAUAUUAAGACACAAAGUCCUUACAUGUCAAGUUCAAAGUCUUCUAAGAUUUUUAGAAUUUUUAAUGAAUUGAGUGGAUUUGUGUAUGUUAGAAGCCCAUUCAUUAGAUGCAUGGUGGUUACAUGGUGUUAAACUCCAGGUGAGCCAUAAGAAUGCACUACAUGAAGUGAAGCACUGAGUAUGCAAUGUUAUCACUGUCUUUGACCGUGAUUGUAUGUUUAAGAAAUAUGUUAUACAAUUAUGCACGUGGGUGAAUUAUGUUUCCUGAGGCACUGGUUUAUCUCUGUGAAUCUUUAAUAACUUUUUUAUAUUUGGGUUAUUAUAUUGAACUCUAUCCUAAGAGAAAUCAAUUUUAUCUCACCAAACCACCAUUAAUGACUGUGUGUAUUACUUGCACAGGGAGAACUGCAGUUGAGUCUUAUCAAUAAGCUAGAUAUGAAAUCAGUUUUAUCAAACUGGGAUUCAGAAAGGGGCUUUUUAUAUUCUUGUUUUUGCAUAACUGGUUUUGGUUUUUUUGCAGAAUUAACUCUUAAGAAUCACCAACUACCGAAGUAAAACUUGUACUGAUUCCAUAAUACAUAACAUUCAGUUUUUACAACUUCUGUUUAGCAAACUUGUAUACUUACUUAUUUUCUGUUCAGAUUAAAAAAGAAUCAGAUAUCCUAUACAAUCUUUGCUCAUUCUUUUUAUUCUGGUACAUAAAUCCUAGAUAGUUCAUACAGAGUUCAUACAGUCUUGACUUGAAAAAUACAAAAAUAAAAAUUCAGAAGCCCUU